AUGUCUUCUAAGCAUUUCGUCAACGAUCCAACCAAGCUGGUCAACGACGCUCUUCUUGGCAUCACCCUUGCAAACCCCGCCGUCGCCCUCGAUACUGACAACAAGACCAUCUAUCGCCGCCUAAAUCUCAAUGGAAGCAGUCAAGUCUCCCUUCUCAGCGGCGGCGGUUCUGGCCACGAGCCCUCCUUUGCUGCAUUCGUGGGAAACGGUCUCUUGAGCGCGGCCGUCGCUGGCACCAUCUUUGCGUCACCCAACACUGAACAAGUUCGCAGGGCAAUCAUGGGUCUUGUUGAUUCAACCCGAGGCGUCCUAGUCAUUGUCAUGAACUACACAGGUGACGUUCUCAACUUUGGCGUGGCUGUAGAGCAAGCCAAGUCUGCGGGUCUCGACGUCGAAAUGCUGGUAGUUGCUGACGAUGUCGGCGUUGGUCGUCAGAGAGCCGGCAAAGUAGGCCGUCGAGGAAUUGCCGGAACUGUGCUCGUUCAAAAAAUCGCUGGUGCUCUCGCAGCACAGGGCGCUGACCUGGCAGAGGUGCACAGGAUCGGCAGAUUGGCAGCUGAUAAUCUGGUCAGCGUUGGUGCUAGCCUGGAACAUGUGCAUGUUCCAGGCCAUGCUGCCCAUGGGGACGACGGACUUCAACUUGGUGAAGUUGAGCUGGGAAUGGGAAUCCACAACGAGCCUGGGUCCGGCAGACGCACAGCUGAUUUGCCUGAACUCGUGGCUGCAAUGCUAGCACAACUGUUGGAUGAGAAUGACAAAGACAGGGCGUUUCUCAGUAUCAAGUCUUCAGAUGAGGUAGUGCUUCUUGUUAACAAUCUUGGCGGUGUUAGUGUUCUCGAGAUGGGAGCCAUCACCACGGAGGUUGUAACACAGCUCAAGGGGCAAUACGAUAUCCGCCCCGUACGAGUCUUGAGCGGCACCUACAUGACCAGUCUUAAUGGAUUGGGAUUCAGCAUUUCACUUCUCAAGGUGGUCGACACAGGCAUCUAUGGGUCUGCUAUGGUCCAGUUGCUUGACGCUCCUUCAGAGGCUACAGGUUGGUUUGCUCCCAUCUCUACACAGACAUGGGAAGCGAAGGUCCAGUCAACUCGAGAGUACAAGGAGGCGCCUGUGAGAACAGUCCAAGCAACCGGGCUCAAGCUCAACCCUACAGCUGCGAAAUCGGCACUCGUGAGGGCCCUGGAGCGGGUGGUCGCAUCAGAGCCGGAAAUUACAAAGUACGACCAAGUUGUGGGUGACGGAGACUGUGGGUUCGGCUUGAAGCGCGGUGCGGAAGCUAUUCUUACAUUUCUCUCACGGAGAGAAUUCUCCGGCGACGCUGUGAUCGAUGCAGCGGAUAUUGUGCCUCUUGUGGAAAAGACAAUGGAUGGUACAUCCGGGGCUCUGUAUGCCAUCUUCUUAAAUGCUCUGGUCCGAUCUCUCGCCGCUGCUCCGCCAGGCGAAGCCACGCCACAAGUGUGGGCCAGGGCAUUAGAACAGAGCUCUGCAGCCAUGUCAAAGUAUACAAGUGCCAGGCCUGGUGAUAGAACGCUCGUUGACGCUCUAUAUCCUUUCAUUGAAAUGCUAGGAAAGACUGGAGAUGUAAAGAAGGCUGCAGAGGCUGCAAGCAUCGGCGCAGAGAAGACCAAGGGUAUGAAAGCUAGUCUCGGCCGGACAGUCUACGUAGGAGGUACCGGGUUUCAGGAAUGUCCUGACCCAGGCGCUUGGGGUUUGCGAGCCUUCUUUCUUGGACUUGCUGGAGCUUAG